GAGUUCACUAGUUUAAAUAUCCGUGAGGACGAGAUUAGAUGCCACUACGGGACCUGAAGAGCUUCUCCGGGACCAGAGCCACCUCUGAUAUUGCCUUGAGAGUGGCGAUACGGGCCGUCACAACUUCACCCGCGACACUCUACCAAAGCCCAGUGGAGAACUUCUGACACCUAACAUGUCUGGAAAUCGACAUAUAAGUUACCCUGGACAUGAAGACAAUGAUGAAGAAUCUGACAUACCUUAUACCAAACAGCUGUGGAAAGGCAAAAAACACAGUGUAGAUCUAAAAAUUUCAAGUGACAUAAAUAAGAAAUUAUUAAAAAAGGAAACUUGGGAAAUCAAAUCGAAGACUACCAAGAAGCCAUAUGUGAAAGUCACAUCAGCUCAUGUUAAUAUAGUCGAUACCAUAAACAUAAUUGAUACGUAUGACAGAAAACCACAUGCCCAUGCAAAAAAGAAGUAUGCUCAAGCUGGAACAUAUGCGCAUGGUCUUGAAGAUGAACCAGGAAAGAGGAUUCCCAAAGCUGGAGUCUAUGCCGAAGCAGGAAUUGGACGAGCUCGUGCUGAAGCCAGUGUAUUUGAGGCAGAAGCCAAAGGCCCAAACGCCUCGGCUGGUGCUGAAAUCAGUGUGGUUGGAGCUGGAGCAAUGGCUCGAGCUGAAAUUGCCAGUGCAUCAGCUAAAGCCGGUCCAGUUGGUGUUAAAUUGGGGCUUGGAGUCGACACGGGUGUAUCUGCUGGUGUGGGUGGGCUGGAGGCAAAAUUUCUGGGAACUGGAAUCUCAGUUGGUCCUAAAACCAGUGUAUCUCUUGUGGGUUCAGAAGUUUCAUGUUCAGUCAUGUAAUCAGACAGGUAUUAAUUAUCUUUGGAUAUUCAUAUGUAACAUUUUUCCACCAAAUUAUGAAAACAAAAAUCUAAUAUAUCAACAUUUGUGAGAUUUAAAAGGAUUGAGGUUAAUUGAUAUAAAUUUGUAUCUCUGGCAAUAUAACAUUGUGUUAUGUUGAAUGUAAAAGUAUUUUGUGUCUGUUUGUUAAUGACGGAUUUGUGGAUAGAUCUGUGUUUUUACGUUUAGUGUCAUGUUACAUGAUGUCAUGUGUUAUUAUUUUUCAUUUAAUCCUAAUUGUAAUUAAUGGGGUUAUUAUUUGAUAUUCCCAUGAAUUCGAUGCACAUUUCAGACAUUUUCACUUUCAUUAAAACCUAAGAGUGAAAUCAUAAAAUUUGCAUUCCUAAUGUUUCUAUUAUGACAUACAUACUGUGCAAAAGUCUUAGGCCACUAGUAUUUUCAGCAGCUUAUUUCUAUCUUUUGCUGCAGUGUGUCAGUAGGAAAUAUCAGUUCACAUUUCCAAACAUUCAUUUUGCCAUUAAUUGUAAUAAUCCAGUGAGAUUUUUGUUUGCUCCACACAGAGAUCUGAUCUGAUCAUCAUCAGUCUGUCUGGAAUGACAUGAAGAAACAGAACAAACUGAGACAGACUAAAUCCAGAAGAACUGUGGCAACGUCUCCAAGACGCUUCAAGAAACCUCCCUGCAAAGCUACAAUACUGUUAAAAGAUUUAUGCACGUGUAAAAAUGCUGUUAAAUGAGGAUGCAGUCAAAAAUAAUGUCAUUAAUAGAUUUUCUUUAUCAAUUAACUUCUCUAAAUUAAAUAAACAUUUGGUGUGAGCAUCCUUUGCAUUUAAAGCAGCUUUUGCCCUUUUGCAAAGUUUUCCAGGUAGCUUUGCGGGUAGGUCUCUUGAAGCAUCUUGGAGACGUUGCCACAGUUCUUGCUUAUAUUGAAAUCAGAGAUGCUGGUCCUGUGCCCUGCGGAGCUGGUGGAAAACGUCUCCCCUCACUUGUCAAUAGUGAUUAAACGGUGUAAAAACGACUGUCAGGAAGAGAUAAGUGUAAUCAUUCAGAACUAUGGAAUAUUGUUUGCAGAUCUCAUGCAUGUUUUGUGUGUAUGUCACCUGUCAUGUAACAGCUAGCAAAUAUUAUGUUUAGUUUAGCUACUUACAUAUCUCGCACUUUAUAGACACAAACUGAUGCAUCGCGUUGGAAUUCGUGCUCAGCAGCCUCUGUGAACAUUAUUGCACACCUACUUUGACGUGAUUGGUCAUCUCUUAUAUUUUGUCGUUGAUAAACAAAGGAACGAAAUAAAUAAGAUUCAAAACAAAUAAAUCGAGAUAACAUAUCUCUGGACAGAAACAUGGCACCCUUAUGUUUCCCUUAAACUCAAGGAUGUUGCAGAAAAUAUCCCUUGACUCAAAUUUUAGAAUUAAAUACAAAUACAAGCAAAAAAUUCAUUCCUUUCUUUCUUUAUUUAUUUUUUUAAAAGGUUUUCCUCCUCUUUUUUAACUCUCUUUUUGAACUUUUAAUAACCAAGGGUUUUGUCCGAAAUCAAAAGUUUUUAAAACCAAUACCAUUAUUGUCUCCUUGUAAACUACAAAAAUGUGAAUUUGUGAAAACUGUGAUGUCAUGUGCAUGCAUAUUACAUGUGCAGUGUUUCUUUAUAAAGUGGCAUCGCAAACUACUGGCUCGGCAUGCGUAUUAAAGCAUUUUUAGUUGUUUUUA